AUGGUAAACAUAUCACGAUUAGCCGGCUACAAUAAGCAGGAUGUGAAAAAUAUCCUCUUGUUGUUGCAAGAGUUUGUUGUUACAUACAAACACAACAAAGUCACCUUGAAUUACCAAUCCCGUCCAGUGGUUUUAUUUUUUAGCACCUUAAUUGCUACUGCUGGAUUUGGAUUGUAUUUUUCCAUACGAGGUAUCAUAAACAAGUAUAAUGAGUACAUAUUGGCUAAAAAAUUGAGACGACCAAGUCUUAUUCGUCAGUCGUCAAAUAUGUUAAAGAAUGGUACAAGAGAGGUUUUCAUCCCUAGUGGUAAAGACUCCAUCAAGAGGAUUAUAAUUCCCAAGCCAAAUAAUGAUUUGUACGCUGCCGACAAGUAUUUAUACAAGGACUUUGCUGUUCACCAACGUCUUUUGCUGCAGAAAAAGGGAGUUUUAUUCAACUCUAAAUUCCUCAGUCAAUUGGCCAUCAUAUGGAGGAUUUUGAUUCCUAAAUUUUACAGCAAAAAUACAUCAUUAUUGUUAUCGCAAUGUUUUUUUCUAAUAUUCAGAACCUGGCUAUCGUUACUAGUGGCUAAAUUGGAUGGUCAAAUUGUCAAGAAUUUGAUUGCUGCAAAUGGAAAGAAAUUUUCUCGUGAUUUGAUAUAUUGGUUAUUGAUUGCAUUCCCGGCCUCGUACACCAAUGCUGCUAUCAAGUACUUGGAUCAAAGAUUGGCUUUGGGUUUUAGAACCAACUUGACUAGAUAUAUUCAUGAUAUGUAUCUCGAUCAAACUAUGGCUUAUUACAAGAUUGAUUUAGGAGCUUCAGCACUACAGAAUAUUGAUCAAUACAUCACUGAUGAUGUGACCAAGUUUUGCUCUUCAUUAUCGUCGUUGUUUUCAUCGAUGGGUAAACCAUUUAUCGAUUUGAUUUUUUUUGCGGUUUAUUUAAGAGACAAUUUGGGCAGUGGUGCUAUACUUGGUAUCUUUGCCAAUUAUUUCUUAACGGCCAUCAUGUUAAAGAGGGCAACUCCCGCAUUUGGUAAGUUGUCAGCACAAGGUGCUCAUCUUGAAGGUGUCUAUUUUAACCAGCAUUUGAAUUUUAUGACCAAUUGUGAAGAAAUUGGAUUCUACAAAGGAUCACUUAUUGAAAAAUCAAAACUUGCUGAAAACUUCAAAAAAUUGAUGGACCACGUAAAAAAGGAGAUUAAUACCCACUUUUGGUAUGCAACAUUGGAAGAUUAUGUUUUAAAAUAUACUUGGUCAGCAUGGGGGUAUAUUUUUGCUGGAUUGCCAGUAUUUUUGGAUGAAUUGUGGCCUGCUGAAGGUAAAAAGAAGAAGGAUAUUGCGCCCGAUGCACAUGCAGAUGCUAUAAGUGAACGUAAGAACAUGAGGCAAUUUAUCACCAAUAAGAGAUUAUUGUUGUCUCUUGCUGAUGCUGGAUCGAGAUUGAUGUACUCGAUAAAAGAUGUAAAUACAUUGACUGGGUAUACUGAUCGAGUUUUUGAGUUGUUGACGCAAUUACAUCGUGUGCAUUCGCCUAGAUUCGAUUAUGGUGAUAAAAAGGGUAUUGCUGAUAUCCAUGGAACAAUUCAAAACAACUACCCAAAUGGACUUCGAUUCGAACACAUUCCAGUGAUUAUACCAACACCAGAGGGUUCAGAGUAUAUGCCUUUAGUUAAAGACUUGAAUUUCCACAUUAAGCUGAGGAACAUGUUGAUUUUGGGUUCUAAUGGAUCAGGAAAGACAUCAAUUGCUAGAAUUAUUGCUGGAUUAUGGCCAUUAUACAGUGGGCUUUUAUCCAAGCCUAAUGAUGAUGAUAUUUUCUAUCUCCCUCAAAAGACGUAUUUCACCACGGGAAAUCUACGCGAUCAAAUCAUUUACCCUCAUUCAUAUGUUGAAAUGUUGGAAAUGGGAUACAAUGAUGACUAUUUAUACCACAUCCUUCGUGAAGUUAAAUUGGAAUAUCUUUUGAAAAGAGAAGGUAGUUUCAAUGUCGUUAAGGAAUGGAAGGACGUUUUCAGUGGUGGAGAAAAGCAAAGAGUUAGUCUUGCUCGUGUUUUAUUCAAGAAUCCUAAAUUGGUUGUUCUUGAUGAAAGUACCAAUGCAGUUAGCACUGAUGUCGAAGAUUAUCUUUUUGAACUUUUGCAGUUGAAAAAAAUUCCAUUCAUUACGUUAUCUCAUCGUCCAUUGUUGAUGAAGUACCAUGAUUACAUUUUGGAAAUUGAAGAAGAAGGUACUUGGAAAUUACAUGAUUUAACAAGUGAAGAGAAUUUACAAACUAUUGAUAAUGAAAUUGCUGAAAUUGAGGAGAAAAUCAGUCAAGUAUCGAAAUGGGAAAAGAGAAAAGAUGAGAUUAAUGAUUAUUUGGAUGGAAAGUUUGAUGAUAUUGGAAUGGAGAGUUCAAUUGAGUUUUCGGAGAAAUCCAUUCAAGUUGGGGGUGCUUAA